AUGGACCAUGAGUACGCUGUGGUUAACAAGAAGAACCGAAAAGUAAGUUAUGUUAACUUAACCGUCAACAAAAAGGCUUCAUCUUGAAAUAAUGAACCAAUUUCUUGUUUUACUAAAUAAGUAUUUUCAUAAAAACCCUCCCUUAAACUUGCGAGUAAUGGAAAUAUUUGCGCAAAUAUCAGCUGCAGUUCGUCGUCACUGAUCGUUCUCUUCAAGAGGAGAAAGGUAAAAGCAGGUCCCUUAUCGAGCCACCUGCAAAUGGCUUGCCUAUUGCAGCCAGGACAUAAAGGCUGCUAGGCUUAGACGUAAAGACGUACAAGGCUUUGACUCACUCUCUGUGACUUAAUGAGUCAAACAUGCCACUAAAUGUAUUUUCUCAGUUUUCUUUCUUCCUCUUUUUCGUAUAAUUCUUUUUCUUAUUUAUUUUUACAGCAAAAAAAAGGAGAUGUUUUAUACGCUCAGCUCGAUAUGCCUGAGUCUGAAGACUCCGGAAACAACAUCAAAGUACGCAAACCUGCUCCGUACGCGCCCACGGUAUAUGCUGACGUGACACCGACAGAAGUGAUAAAUAAGGCGGAAACAAAUUCAAAGCUACCAACAUACGAGAACGUGCAGAAAACAACCGUUGGAGUGUAA